CACCCAGCCACAGAGAAGUGGGUGACUUAGGAGUAUCCUCUCCGCUUCUGACCCUUAGUUUCGUCUGUGCACAACUCGCUCAAAAUGGGCAACUCACUAAGCGUAUUUUGUUCCUGGUUCCACCACAGGUCCUGGCCAUGCCAUCGGCAACCUGCUCAUCUUGUCCGUGAGGCCUUCCCAGCUGGCCGGGCUCACCCCGCGGCUCCUGCACCUGUGCCUGCCCCGGGAAUCUGGGGCCGUUUCCCACUCCUCUUCAACCGUCAGCGACAUCUUGGGCCUUCUUUUCCAGUCAGGUGUGACGGCGCCCCUGUGAGGCUGUGUCUUAUCCCUCGGAACACGGGCACCCCACAGAGGGUCCUGCCUCCUGUGGUCUGGAGCCCCCCCUCAAGGAAGAAACCUGUGCUGUCUGCUCGCAACUCCAGGAUGUUUGGAUACCUCAGCCCCGUGAGGAUCCCUCGUCUCAGAGGCAAGUUUAACCUUCAACUUCCUUCAUUAGAUGAGCAGGUGAUCCUAGCCAGGCUCCCGAAAACGGAGGUGAGGGCAGAAGAGCCCAAAGAAGCAACGGAGACGAAAGACCAGGUAGAGACCCAGGAGCAGGAGGACAAUAAAAGGGGCCCCUGUAGCAAUGGGGAAGCAGCCUCCACCUCUAGGCCCCUGGAGACUCAGGGAAACCUCACUUCCUCCUGGUACAAUCCCAGGCCCUUGGAGGGAAAUGUCCACCUCAAGAGCUUGACAGAAAACAACCAGACUGACAAGGCCCAGGUGCAUGCAGUGAGUUUCUACUCCAAGGGCCAUGGAGUCGCCAGUUCACACAGCCCUGCUGGAGGCAUCCUUCCCUUUGGGAAGCCUGACCCACUUCCAACAGUGCUCCCUGCCCCAGUUCUGGGCUGCUCCCUGUGGCCAGAGAAGGUGGCCUUGAAGGUGCUGGGUAAAGACCACCUGCCCAGCUCUCCAGGCUUGCUGACGGUGGGGGAGGACAUGCAGCCCAAGGAUCCUGCAACUCUUGGAUCAAGUAGGUCUUCUCCACCCAGAGCUGCCGGCCACAGGUCCCGCAAAAGAAAACUGUCGGGGCCACCACUGCAGCUGCAACCGACCCCUCCCCUGCAACUGAGGUGGGAGAGAGAUGAGAGGCCCCCACCGACUAAGCUUCCAUGUCUAUCUCCUGAGGCACUGUUGGUGGGUCAGGCUUCCCAAAGAGAAGGAUGCCUCCAGCAGGGCAACAUGCGUAAGAACAUGAGGGUGUUAAGGAGAACAUCAAAAUUCAGGAGACUAAGACAGCUGCUUAAGAGGAGAAAGAAGAGACAGCAGGGCAGGCGUGGUGGCCCACGCCUGUAAUCCAGCACUUUGGGAGGCCCAGGUGGGCAGAUCAGGAGGUCAAGAGAUUGAGACCUGAGGAGCAUCUCUGCCUGCACCAUCUGGGAAGUGAGGACCGCCUCUGCCCGGCUGCUCCACCGUCUGGGAAGUGAGAAGCGCCUCUGCUUGGCCACCGCACCGUCUGGGCAGUGAGGAGUGCCUCUGCCUAGCCCCCGCCCUCUCUGGGAAGUGACGAGAGCCUCUGCCCAGCCGCCUCACAGUCUGGGAAGUGAAGAGCGCCUCUGCCCGGGCCCUGCCCCGUCUGGGCAGUGAGGAGUGCCUCUGCCAGGCCACCACCCUGUCUGGGAAGUGAGAAGCGCCUCUGCCCGGCUGCUCCACCAUCUGGGAAGUGAGGAGUGCCUCUGCCUGGCCACCGCACCAUCUGGGCAGUGAGGAGCGCCUCUGCCCGGCCCCCGCCCUCUCCGGGAAGUGACGAGCACCUCUGCCCGGCUGCCUCACAGUCUGGGAAGUGAGGAGCGCCUCUGCCCGGGCCCUGCCCUGUCUGGGCAGUGAGGAGUGCCUCUGCCAGGCUGCCGCCCUGUCUGGGAAGUGAGGAGCACCUCUGCCCGGCUGCCAUCCUGUCUGCGAAUUGAGGAGUGCCUCUGCCCGGCCCCCUUACACUCUGGGAAGUGAGGAGCACUUCUGCCUGGCCACUGCCCUGUCUGGGAAGUGAGGGGCGCCUCUGCCCAGCUGCCCACCAUCUGGGAAUUGAGAAGGAGCACCACCUCUGCCCGGCCUCCACCCCAUCUGGGAAGUGACGAGCACCUCUGCCCGGCUGCCUCACAGUAUGGAAAGUGAGGAGCGCCUCUGCCCAGCCGCCAUCCUGUCUGCGAAGUGAGGAGUGCCUCUGCCCCGCCUCACCGUCUGGGAAAUGAGGAGUGCCUCUGCCUGGCCACCGUCCCAUCUGGGAAGUGAGAAGUGCCUCUGCCCCACCUCCUCACCGUCUGGGAAAUGAGGAGUGCCUCUGCCUGGCCACCAUCCCAUCUGGGAAGUGAGGAGCGCUUCUGCCCAGCCACUGCCCUGUCUGGAAAGUGAGGAGCACCUCUGCCCGGCCCCCUCACCGUUUGUAAGGGAGGAGCACCUCUGCCCAGCCCCUGCACCAUCUGGGAAGUGAGGAGCGCCUCUGCCCGGCCCCCUCACCAUCUGGGAAGUGAGGAGAGUCUCUGCCCGGCUACUGCGCAACCUUCCAAGUGUGAAGUGACAGCCUUGUGUGUGAUCUUUCUGCCUUCCCCAAGUUUGCAUUUUCGACAUUAAAGUUUACUU